CUCUCCAAAGACGCUCAUAUGGUGUUCAAGGUAGGCGACAUGGUGGCGGCGCGGGUCCGGGUGGAGAACAGGCCGCAGUGGGCCAUGAUGAAGGUGUCGGCGGUAGAAGGGACGGACGAGAGCAGCGAGCCGUCGAGCUACGUGGUGGUGGAUCUGUAUCCAGACUCUGACGACGAGGCCGUAGUGCACAAAGUGAAGGCAAAGAACAUGCUUGCCUUCCCGCCGAACCCGGACCCAGAGCUGCCGAACGAGUCUGGAACACACAUCUAUGCCCUGUGGUACGAGAACUCGGACUGGUCCACCGUCUUCUACUCGGCGUACGUGGCCGGCCCGUCCGAGUAUGGCGACGACUGGAUCUCGGUCCGGUAUGUCGGUUCGCGCAAGCUCUUUGACGUGCCUACCGACAAGGUCUUCCGCGAUCCCAAGCCACGCAAGUCGGCCAGCGGCGGCACCAGCGCGUCUUCGGCCAAGAGCUCAAAGUCCGAGGCCGAGAAGCGCAAGUCGGGUCGCAAGCGCAAGUCGCGGUCUGCGGCGACACCAGCCGACACAAAGUCUGAAGGCGGCGACGAGGCCAGUGCGCCGCCGCCGGCCAAACAGGCCAAGUCCAACUCCGUCAGCGGGAGUGGUGCCCGCCCACGCAUCUCGGUCGGGUUUGCCGGCGCCCAGCGCCAAAGCACCUCGGGCAAGGGCUCCGGCUCGGGCACGCCGACGACCGGCAAGCGCGACACUGCCUUUGCACUUGCCAUGGCGCGGCAGGCCGAGGAGCAGGCCGAGGCUGGCAGCGCUCCGCGAAUGGCGAGCGCGUCGUACGAGCUCGGCGAGGCCGGCGAAGAGAUCAAGUUGGACUCGCUGCUGAGCCCGGGGCGGAUCCAGUUUUGCCUCAAGAAAAAGGACAUGGUCUCGGUCUUACACAAGAAGCGCGCGCUGAUGCGGUCGUCCUGACAACGGCGCGAGCGGGCGGGAACGGUCCAAAGGCCGCAGACUGCUUUACUACGUGCGUGACCGCGAGCUCUCGACCGAAUUACGGACGAUCGAGCCACGGACGGUCGACUUGGGGUCGAGGGUCGACGAGGCCACCGACUCGUUCUCCUUGGCCAGGUUCUCCCAGUACAUGCGGUUGUCGCGGAGCUGGGCGAGCUGGUCGUCAAGGCCAAGCUCGGGAACCAUGUUGAGGGCCUCGUAGAGCGGAGUGACGAAAAAGUCGAUGAAGCCGGUCUGGACCUUGGGCGUCUUGGUUGUGGCGCGAUCCAUAAAAGGCGAGAUUGGGA